AUGGCCCCUCUAUACGCCUGGACAAUUCUUGCCUACCGCAAGAAAGGCAUGUCUGAAGAGGCCUACCAUGAGUACCUCAGCACCCACCAUGCAACCGUGGUCAAGAACCACAUAGCCAAAUUUGGAAUUGUCAGUUAUACAAUGACUCAUAACACGUCCGAGACCAAAGCCAUGGCUACACAACUGCUCGGGCCUGUACCUCAGGCCGAGAAGAAAAUCGCUGAUUAUGACUGCGUGGUUCAGGUCAAGUUUCGUGACAUCCAGGAUUAUUUGAAGGCCAGGGACGAUCCGUUUUUCAAGGAGGUGAUUGGUCCUGAUCAUGAGCACUUUGCGGACACUGAGCGGACGGUCUUUUUGACUGGUUGGGUGGAGAAGUUGAUUGAAGAUGGGGUUGUCGUUUAG